CCAAAAAUGUCUUGGAUUUGGAUAGCAGCGAUCACAUUCCUCUUCCUCCUUCAUCAAUGGCGAAACCUCUCAAACAAGAUGAAGCUCCCUCCCGGCCCGAAAGGCCUUCCGAUAAUCGGCCAUUUCCACUUACUAGGCAAGAACCCUAUCCAAGAUCUAUACCAUCUAGCCCGCAAACACGGCCCGAUUAUGUACACCCAGUUCGGGUUCACCCCGACCAUCGUCGUCUCCUCCCCCUCGGCCGCGGAGCUCUUUUUAAAAACCCACGACCACAUCUUCUCGAACCGGUCCCACCACGAAUUCUCCUACCUCAUCGCCUAUGAGCAGCGGAACAUUAUCUUCGGGCGAUACGGGCCGUAUUGGCGCAACAUGCGGAAGCUCUGCACAGUCCAGCUCCUCAGCGGCCUCAAGAUCCGGCAGUUCGAGCCGAUGAGGAAGGCGGAGGUCGGGAGCAUGGUGGAUUCGCUCAGGGAGGCUGCUGAGGCGAUUGAUCUGAGCGCUAAGAUCAUGUCUGUCAACGGUGGCAUGACUUGCCUGAUGGUUUUUGGGAGGAAGUUUGAGGAGACGGAUUUGGAUGAUAGAGGGUUUAAGGGGCUGUUGUCGGAGGCGAUGGCGGCUGCGGCGGCGUUUAAUCUCUGUGACUAUUACCCGUACCUGAGGUGGCUGGAUCCUCAGGGGUCGGUGCGGCGGAUUAAGAAGCUAAGCGUGGUUUUUGACAGGUUUCUUGAGGGGAUUAUUGAUGAGCAUGCUGAGAAGAAAGAGAGGAGUCAUGAUUUCGUCGAUACGAUCAUGGCCAUUCAUGACUCGGGCGAGGCUGGAUUCGAGUUUGACCGCCGCCAUGUCAAGGCCGUGCUACUGGAUAUGCUGCUAGCUGGGAUGGACACUUCCGCGACAGCAACAGAAUGGACAAUGGCUGAACUAAUUAAGCAUCCAAAAGCAAUGAAAAAACUUCAAAAGGAACUUGAGGAAGUUGUAGGGUUGAAUCAAAGGGUGGAUGAAUCCCAUCUCCCCGACCUUAAAUACCUUGAUUGCGUCAUUAAGGAAUCUAUGAGGCUGCACCCGGUUUCCCCCUUACUUGCCCAUGAGGCGAUGGAGGACUGCGAGGUAGACGGCUACCACAUACCCAACAAAUCUCGAGUUCUUGUGAACGUGUUUGCCAUUGGGAGAGAUCCUGAUGCCUGGGAAGACCCUGAAAAUUUUGAUCCGGAGAGAUUUCUGAGAAGCAACGUGGAUCUCCUAGGUCGAGAUUUUCAGCUCAUACCAUUCGGCUCGGGUAGAAGGGGGUGCCCCGGGUUGCAAUUGGGGCUAACCGUUGUUUGUUUGAUGGUGGCGCAAUUGGUACACUGCUUUGAUUGGGAACUUGCUGAUGGAACUGCGCCAGAGGAUUUGGACAUGUCUUAUAAUUUUGCUUUGGUCAUGUCUAGGGCUACCCAUCUCAAGGUUAUUCCCACUUAUAAGUUGAGUGUUUGAGCAUUAGCUUCAUGGCUUUACAUAUUAAAUAAGGACUCUAUGUUCUUAAAUAAGGACUCUAUGUUCCAUUAAAAAUGAAAUGUUUUUCUUUA